GUAAGUGGGAUUCAAGAAAUGCUAACUAAAAGUGCUUUCUAAAUAUUUCCAGUAUUCUGACACAGCAUGACAGUUAGGAAGUCAUUUGUAUAAUCCUGUCCUUAGUGUUCUCUUCAUCUACAGAGCACAGCACUGUGUUAGAAAUCCAGGGGCUUCCUGAACAAUCUCUUUCUCAUGUGCAGGUUCACUGAUCACCCAGACCUGCUCACCUGUGCAGCAGAGCAGAGGGGCCUGGAAGGAGAGAGGAGACAGAAGCUAAAGAUGCAGGAUCUGGUGACAUUCAGUGAUGUGACUGUGACCUUCUCCAAAGAGGAGUGGGAAUGCAUGGACUCUGCUCAGUGGAAUUUGUACACUGAUGUGAUGCUGGAGAAUUACAACAACCUGGUCUUUGUGGAGAACUAUUACAAGUGUGAGCCUGUCCAUCAGCAUGUGAAGACUGAAAAGGAGUCUUGUCAGUGUAAUGAGCUUGGCAAAGUGCUUCAUGACCCCUCCACAUGUGCACUUUAUAGAACAAGUGAAACUACAGAAAACUCCAAUAACUACACAUGUAUUAAUCCCAGGGAUGCCUCUGUGGACUCAUUAAACCCAGACAGACAUGAAAGCAGGCACACUGGAGAAGAACCUUGCAGAUCUAAAGACUGUGAGAAAUCUGUAAAUUUGUGUUCCAACAUCACUCAUGAUCAGAGAUUCUACCCUGCAAAGAUAGAGCAGAGACAGGGAGAAUAUGAUGACUAUUUCAGCUCUGCAUACCGUCUUUUGCUACAACCAGUCAAUAUUGGAGAUAAACGACACCAAUGUGGUACAUGUGGGAAAUGCUUCAGUGCUGCCUCAAAACUCAUUGUGCAUGAGAGAGUUCAUACUGGCAUUAAACCCUACAAGUGCAACGUUUGUGAAAAGUCCUUUACACAGAUUUCAAGUUUUAAAGCACAUCAAAGAAUUCAUAGUGGGGAGAAACCUUACAAGUGUAAAGAAUGUGGAAAGUCAUUUCGUUACUUGUCAGGAAUUAAUAGCCAUCAGAAAAGGCAUUCUGGAGAGAAACCUUACAAGUGCAAUGACUGUGACAGACACUUUCCCCACUAUUCAUCAUUGAGUAGGCAUAGGAAAACUCAUUCUCUAGAGAAGUUUCACAAAUGCGAAGAAUGUGGUAAGUCCUUUGUUAAAUUAUCACUUCUUAACAGGCAUUACAGAAUCCAUACUGGUGAAAAGCCUUACAAAUGUGAGGUAUGUGACAAAUGCUUUAACUGCAACUCAACUCUUAGAACACAUCAGAAAAUUCACACUGGAGAGAAACCUUACAGAUGUGAGGACUGUGACAAAUCUUAUACUUGCUGCUCACAUCUUAGAGCACAUCAGAAAAUUCAUACUGGAGAGAAACUUGCUAAAUGUAUAGAUUGUGACAAAUCCUUUAUCGAUAUCACAACUCUUAGAAAACAUCGGAGAGUUCAUACUGGAGAGCGACCUUACAGUUGUAAGGACUGUGACAAAUCCUACAGCACUUCCUCAAAUCUUCGAAUACAUCAGAGAGUUCAUACUGGAGAGAGACCUUACAUGUGUAAGGAAUGUAACAAAUCCUUUACCAGAUUCUCAUUUCUUAGAACACAUCAGAGAGUUCACACUGGGGAGAAACCUUAUAGAUGUAUGGAAUGUGACAAGUCCUUUACACAGGACUCACAUCUUAGAAGACAUCAGAGAGUACAUACGGGAGAGAUGCCCUAAAGCUGUCAGGUUUGUGACAGUGUUUUUUUUCUCAAUCUUAUCUUUUAAGGAGACAUCAGAAACAUACAGGAGAGAUACAUGACAUUUGCUAAGACUGUGACAUAUCCUAUAUCUGAGGUCUUAGAAGACAUCAGACAGUUCAUACUGGAGAAUGGCAUUACAGUUGUUUUUUUGUUUUGUUUUCUUUUUUUCGAGACAGGGUUUCUUUGUGUAGCUUUGGAGCUUAUCCUGGCACUCGCUCUGGAGACCAGGCUGGCCUCUUGAACUCAUAGAGAUUCGACUCCCGAGUGCUGAGAUUAAAGGCGUGUGCCACCAACGCCCAGCGCCCUUACAGUUGUAAGGAGUGUGGCAAAUCCUUUUCCAGUUGCUCAAAUUUUGGAAGGCCUCAUAGUAUUCAUGCUGGGGUGAAACCCUACAAAUGUAUGGAAUGUUUCAUGUCCUUUACCCGUGACUUGAAUCCUAGAAGAUAUGCAAGGGUUCAUACUGGAUGUAGACUUUACAGUUGUUAGGAAUGUGACAAAUCCUUUGUCCUCUCUUCUGCUCUAUGGAAACAUCAGAAAAUCCAUAAUGGAGAGAAACCAUACACAUGCAAAGACUGAGCCAUCCUUUAUCCAGAUUUUGAAUCUUAGGAGACACUAGAAAUGUCAUGCUGGAGAGAAACUGACUGUUUAAAUAAUGUGACAUAGCGUUUUCCACUACGCUCUGCUCACAAAUCACAACAGUUUACAAAAUACUCAGGGAGAGCA